AUGUCGCGAGAUACCGGAUCAAGUGACACCAAGGUGUACCUUGGUAACCUCGGCUCGCACCCACCAAGCACGGCCGAAGUCGAGAAAGAAAUGGGCUACUACGGCAAGUUGGUGUCUGUUUGGAUCGCUCGACGACCGCCAGGAUUCGGAUACGUCGAAUUCGAAGAUCCCCGCGACGCAAAGGAUGCCAUCCGUGAUCUUGAUGGACGAACCGUGUUUGGUCGUCGAUUGAAGGUCGAGCUGUCCCACGGUCGCCGACGAGAAAACCGAAGGUUAGUUCUUCCAUCUCCAGUGGAGUCGAUUUUUCUCGAUCCUCCUCUUGCAGAUCUGCCUCCUCCAAAUCCAUCCUUCCUUCUUCAAGAGAGUCUGCCGGGAGAGUGA